AUGGAGAGGGAAUUGAUCUGUGGAGACUGUAACAUGGUGUUUCGCUCCACUGGGCUGCUUGAGAAGCACAAAGCACUGUUCUGCAUUGGGAGUGAGGCAGGGCACCUUCGCAUGCAAAGACACAGCUCUGAGCUUCUCGUGAGAGACAGACCUGCAUGUGUGGACCCUAAACAGACGAAAACCCCUGACCUUGUUCAGCUGAGGGGUCAACGGAGGAACGUUACCAGGUGGACGAGCGUUGAUGCCAAAUCAAAGCCAGCAAGAGCGGAGCACAAACCAGCAACCAGUGAGACAGACAGCGCUGCUCUGCAAAAUCUCACAGAUGAGGCGAGUGGGCGUCAGCUGGGUCACAGCGAGAGACUGAAGGAGAUGAGGGAAAUGGCGACGCUCCAUGAGCGCCAACUGGCCCUGAUACAUGCUCACAACCAGCAGCUGGAGCAGCAGAGAGACGAGCUGGCCCAUCAGGUAAGUGUCCUGUCUGAACAGAGCAACACAAGUCACCUGGAGGGUCUGCUGAUGGAGCUCAGAGAGCAGGAGGAGAGAAACGAGGAGACCCUGCAGCAACUGGCGGAACAUCUCCAUCUAUUACAUGUGCGAGAGGUCUCUGUACCUGCUAAACAGCCAGAUCCACACAAGAAUAAAAAGAUGCAUCGUGACAGCUACGAGCUCAUUUCUUGUGCAGAUGGUCCUCUCUCUACCCAGAUAAAAGCUCUGCGGCAGGCAUACAUGCAGUCAGGUGGGUCAGAUCCAGCGAUUGUGGCACGAAUGAUCGACCUGCAGGCAGAAGCCCAAAGUCUGGAGAAGAACCAACCAGCGGCAGCCGGCAAGAGUAAGACUCAGAAGGUGAAGCCUCCUCAGCGGGGUCCGAGCUGGGAGCUGCUGGCUGUGGAGCAUGAGAACCAGAGACUGGAGGAGGAGAUCCUCAGGAUCCAGCUGGCCAGGGAGGGACACCAUAACUAUGAAGCAGUGAGGACCGAGCUUGAGCUGAUUCAGAGGGAGAACCUCCUGCAGAUUGCCAGUUUGCAGGCAGAGUUGGAGAGAAACAAAGAAGCUCCCAGGCCCAGGAGACAGCCUCCUCCUCCUCCACCUCCUCCUCCUCAUCAUCUACUCCCACUCCAACCCAAGACUCACAUUCAUGCACCUCUUUCACUGCUCCAGGCCAGAUCCUUCUCCUCUCCACUGGGAAGAUGCAUGUUGGACUCCCUGGACUCUCUGGGUCCGGCCCCCUACGAUCCUGCAGCUGGUUUUGUGGUUUUCUAUGAUCUGGUUCUGGGGGUUGAUGUCUCUCAGAGGGCGCUGCGCCUGGUUGCAGCUCUCUACUCAGAAGGUCAGGAGGUGGGAUCACCGACUCCACUGCCCCCUGUGGAGUGCCUGCCAGGAGUGUCCGUGCCUUACACCCACAGCCUCACCCCUAGAAACUAUGCCCUCCUGUCAGUCAAACAGCCUGUACCCAGCAUCCAGCCGUCACCCUCCCUCUCUUUAGUGGUGGAGGUGCAGACAGCAAGAGACCUGGAUGUUCACAGCCAGGAGGUCUUCAAACUGACGUCCUGUGGAUGGACACGAAUCCAACUCUUUGACCAAUACAACCAGCUCCAUAGUGGCCACUGGAGGGUGCCAGUGCGCAGUCUGCCUAUUAGACCCUCAUUAAGCCUUACCCAGCUCAACUCAGUACCCCAGGUGGGCAGCAUGGAGCUGUGUGUGCGUUUGGUCAACGGACGAGAUGGAGAAGUACAGACACUGGCAAAGCCUGACCCGACCAGCACCAGUCACUAUAAAUAUCCCACUGUGGCGUCUUCACAUCCUGUGACUGUCCACGGAAAUGCAGCUCUGCCAGUUUCAGUUGAUCCACAUCCCACUCAGCUGUCCUCCCUUUUGCCCUUCACUGAUCACCAAGACCCUCCACCCACAGAGGCAGCCAGGCAGAGCUGA